CGUUUUGGCAGUGUAAACCUUGGAAAUCCUAUUCUAAGAACACCAUGGUGUUGGGGCCUGAACAGAAGAUGCCAGAUGAUGAUGCUUCUGAAGACCAUGGGGACUGCGCCAGUCUUGGUGCCAUUAAUCCUGCCUACAGUAACUCCUCUCUUCCACAAUACACCGGGAACUCAGAGGAGCCCUUCACUACCUAUUUUGAUGAGAAGAUUGCCAUUCCUGAGGAGGAGUACUCUUGUUUUAGCUUUCGUAAACUCUGGGCUUUCACGGGACCAGGCUUUCUUAUGAGCAUUGCCUAUUUGGACCCAGGAAACAUCGAAUCUGACUUGCAGUCUGGAGCAGUGGCUGGGUUUAAGUUGCUCUGGGUUCUUCUGUUGGCCACCAUCGUGGGACUGCUGCUGCAGCGCCUUGCAGCCAGGCUGGGAGUGGUCACUGGGCUGCAUCUUGCUGAAGUGUGUCACCGUCAGUAUCCCAGGGUCCCACGAAUUGUCCUGUGGCUGAUGGUGGAGUUGGCUAUCAUUGGGUCAGAUAUGCAAGAAGUUAUUGGCUCAGCCAUUGCCAUCAAUCUCCUGUCUGUAGGAAGGGUUCCCCUGUGGGGUGGAGUUCUCAUCACCAUUGCAGAUACCUUUGUAUUUCUCUUUUUGGACAAAUAUGGCUUGCGGAAGCUGGAAGCAUUUUUUGGCUUUCUCAUCACUGUUAUGGCCCUCACAUUUGGAUAUGAGUAUGUUACAGUGAGACCCAACCAGAGCGAGGUACUCAAGGGCAUGUUCCUGCCAUCCUGUUCAGGCUGUGGCACCCCGCAGCUCCAGCAGGCUGUGGGCAUCGUGGGAGCUGUCAUCAUGCCACACAACAUGUACCUGCAUUCUGCCUUAGUCAAGUCCAGACAGGUAAACCGAGCCAAAAAGCAGGAAGUUCAAGAAGCCAAUAAGUACUUUUUCAUUGAAUCCUGCAUUGCUCUGUUUGUUUCCUUCAUCAUCAAUGUUUUUGUCGUCUCAGUCUUUGCCGAAGCAUUUUUUGAUAAAACCAACCAGCAGGUGAUUGAAGUCUGUAGAAAUAGCAGCAGUCCUCAUACUGGCCUUUUUCCUGAUGAUAACUCAACACUGGCUGUGGACAUCUACAAAGGGGGUGUUGUUCUGGGAUGUUACUUCGGGCCUGCUGCACUCUAUAUCUGGGCAGUGGGGAUCCUGGCCGCAGGACAGAGCUCCACCAUGACAGGAACCUAUUCUGGCCAGUUUGUCAUGGAGGGAUUCCUGAACCUAAGAUGGUCACGCUUUGCUCGAGUGAUUCUGACCCGCUCUAUUGCCAUUAUCCCCACUCUACUUGUUGCUGUCUUCCAAGAUGUGCAACAUCUAACGGGGAUGAAUGACUUCCUCAAUGUUCUGCAGAGCUUGCAGCUUCCCUUUGCUCUCAUACCCAUCCUCACGUUUACCAGCUUGCGACCAGUAAUGAAUGACUUUGCCAAUGGAAUUGGCUGGAAGAUUGCAGGCGGGAUCUUGGUCCUUAUCAUCUGUGCCAUCAACAUGUACUUUGUCGUGAUUUAUGUCCAGGAUUUAGGACAUAUGUUUUUGUAUGUGGUGGCUGCUGUGGUCAGUGUGGCUUAUCUGAGCUUUGUGUUUUACUUGAUUUGGCUAUGUUUGAUUGCAUUGGGCAUGUCCUUCCUGGAUUGUGGGCGCACGUACCAUCUGGGAUUGACAGCUCAGCCUGAACUCUACCUUCUGAACAACGUGGAUGCCGACUCACUUGGGUCUAGAUGACUGAUGGCCUGCGAGACUGUAUAAGAACCAUUUUCUCUUAGUCCAUUUGUGCCAAGUGUCCCAUUUACAUAUCUCUGUUAGUUCAGAGGUGAGUUUUGUUCAAAUGUGUUGAACAAAAGGCAAAAAUUUCCUCAUGGGAAGACUUAAAAAAAAAAAAGCUGACAGCUGUUAAGUGUAGGUCAGAGACCCA